UUGCAUGACCACUCAAAGUGACAGUAGUGAUGGCUGGGAACUGGAGACAGCUGCGCUUGGUGAGACCCCGUCUCCACACUCGGUUUGCCAUGAAAAACUAGAUGUUCUACGAGAGUUUGGCCUCGGGUCUAUGUGUGAAGAACUUUUGUGAAUGAAUAAGUUGGCCGGCCACUUUCAAAAGAGUUUGGUAAGCUGGCAGUGCUGCCAGGAUUUGGGAACGGGGGGAGCGGGGAGGGCUCCUGCUGCCUUUGGGAGGUCUGUAUGCUUUCAGCGCACUCAAACUGUGGCACCAGUGGCCGCUGGAUAUUGAUUUCUUUAGAUAAGUUUGCCUACUUCAGUCAAGGGUCAUAGACUUGAUAUAGAACCUUAGUCGAUGGAUUUGCCGCCCUCAAUACAACAUCAUUUUAACUGUACUUUCUCUCUAGGCUAGAAAUCGUGAAGCAUGGGUGACUGGAGCUUUCUUGGGCGGCUCUUGGAGAAUGCACAGGAACACUCGACUGUGAUCGGCAAAGUCUGGCUGACGGUACUCUUCAUUUUUAGGAUUCUAGUGUUGGGAGCGGCGGCCGAGGAGGUCUGGGGCGAUGAGCAGUCAGACUUUACCUGCAACACGCAGCAGCCCGGUUGCGAGAACGUCUGCUAUGACGAGGCCUUCCCCAUCUCCCACAUCCGCUUCUGGGUGCUCCAAAUCAUCUUCGUGUCCACGCCGACGCUCAUCUACCUGGGCCAUGUCCUGCACAUUGUUCGUAUGGAGGAGAAGCGGAAAGAGCGCGAGGAGGAGCUGCGAAAGGCCAGCCGGCUCCAGGAGGAGAAAGAACUCCUGUAUAGAAACGGAGGGGGAGGGGAGGCUGGUGGACGGGGUGGGGGCGGCGGCGGCGGCAAAAAGGAGAAACCGCCAAUCAGAGACGAGCACGGCAAAAUCCGCAUUAGAGGUGCCUUGUUGCGCACCUAUGUGUUCAACAUCAUUUUCAAGACCCUGUUUGAAGUGGGGUUCAUUUUAGGUCAGUAUUUCCUCUAUGGUUUCCAGUUGCGGCCCCUGUAUAAGUGUGCACGGUGGCCCUGCCCCAAUACGGUGGACUGCUUCAUUUCCCGGCCCACGGAAAAGACCAUCUUCAUCAUAUUUAUGCUUGUGGUGGCUUGCGUGUCCCUUUUGCUGAAUUUGUUAGAAAUCUAUCACCUCGGAUGGAAGAAGGUCAAACAGGGCAUGACCAACGAGUUCGCCCCCGAGCGUGAGUCGCUGCCCGACGCGAACGAAGCGGAGCCCGAGUCUCCCAGAACUGCGCCUCCUACCCUCAGCUACCCGCCAGACUACACGGAGGUGGCCGUGGUGGGUGGCGGCGUGUUCCUCCAGCCCGUGUCGGCACCCUCCACGGCUGAGUUCAAGAUGGACCCUCUGCGCGAGGAGCUCGAGGAGUCCUCACCUUUUUACAUCAGCAACAACAACCACAGGCUGGCUGCCGAGCAGAACUGGGCCAACCUGGCCACCGAGCAGCAGACUCGAGAGAUGAACGCCGCCUCCCCCUCCCCUUCCUCCUCCUCGUCUCGCUCUUCCAAUAAUGGGCGGCAAGCCAAAGACGCCGCUCAGCUCGCUGACACCCCCACCUCCGCCGGCGGCGGUUUGAGCGCUGGGCCGGAGGAGGGGCACGUCACCACCACGGUGGAGAUGCACGAGCCGCCUGUCAUUUUCACUGACGCUCGACGACUGAGCAGGGCUAGUAAAGCCAGCAGCGUGAGAGCGAGGCCCAAUGAUCUGGCGGUGUAGUGGCUCGCCACUCCAAAGCGCAGGUUUUUGUGGACAAAAACACAAAGAAAUACACCAAAAACAAGAGGAAGUGAGAGGCAGAUUGCUGGAAUGGAAAAGUUCAUUCCAUUCAUAAAGCGAGCGAUGUAAAAUCGCAAAGAGCUCAUUCAUCUCUUAUGGGAUUAUGAAAGAUGGCUGCUGAAUGCUGGUUAGUGUAAUGCAGUAGUUGAAUGGAGCAGCCCACCUGAUGCACGUUAUGUUAUACCACAAUCUGGAGUGAUUCACUGAAAAAUGUCACCUAAAUUAGUCUGACAAGGCCUUAAAGUAAAAGAAUGCCAUUUGAUGAGUUCAAUUUAUUAAGUAUAUUGUAUCAGAUGCUACCUUCGCGUGCUAUCGAAAAUUUGAUAAUUCCCACUUCUGAAGUCGUGAUUACGAGCUCAUUCGAAAUUGGAGGGUGUUCAUAUGCAAUUUUUACCUAGGAAACUCAUAUUUACGAUAAUUCCAAGAGCAUAUGAAGGCGGCAUAAGUCUCAUGAUAUAACAAAGGCACCAAACAUAAAAUGUUUGCAGUGCAAUAAUACAGGUUACAAACAACAAAGCUACAUUUUAAAUACAACAUAAAUACCGUAUAUGGUUCAAUUGAGUAGACAAUGACACGACUCUCAUGUAUUAUCAUGUACUAUAUUUUUAUUUUAUUUUAUUUUUAAGCCUGGAAUAGAACAGGCAAGAAAAUUAGAAAAAAUCAGCAGUAAUUGAAAAAAGUAGUUAAAGUUGUCAAAUUCAUAAACUCCUUUUUUUUUUUUUUUUUUUUAAAGUUCUCUUUGUUGUUCCAGCAUCUGUCUCUACAUUUCCUCAGAGAAAUCAAAGUGUUGGGGAAGAAAAAAAGAAGUAAAAAGCACAUUGCCUGAUGAAAGUGGCAAACCUUAAUGCAUAACAGAGAAAAGGUCAUCCAUACAUGAAAAAAUGAACAUACACUGAGGCAAGUGACAUAUUUAGAUAACUGUUGUACUACUGAAUGGUGCAGUUUUAAUUCAUAUAGCUUGUGUAUUCUCUGGACCACAUUUCUUUUUUUCGAUCCCAUGAUCUGAAGUUCACAUCCUGCUCCUCUGUUGGAUUUGAGAGUUUUGAUAUAUGACCAUCUUGCCAUCAGGAAUACACUUUUGAAGUAGUUAAUCUGAGGAGGGGAGUACUAACUCUCAUUACAUGUGACAUUUGAAAUCCUUAUUGGUUUUUAUUUCGAAAAGUUUGAGCAUUUUUAUUUCUAAAAAUGUAAGCAAUUGGUUGAGAAUGAGUAUAAAAAAUGUCAUCAAAAGCAUUGCUUUUCUGUAGUCAGUUCGUGGUUGCCAAAAAGUAGUUACUUCAAAAUGGACAUAAAAAGAUGCUGCAAGUGUCUAAUGCUAAUAUGAAGUUUAUCCCCAUUUUUUUUUUUUUAUUGUUGGUCCAGUUUCAGGUUACUGUGAGGCCCUCAUUUUCACUGACUACUACUGCUGUUGUAUAGAACAUGCCUUCGGUACACAUACUGUAACAACAUGACAGCACAACAUGAUUUUUUUUUUUUUCUUCAGACCCGAUGUACAAUGCUUUUAUUAUCAGGUAUAUACUUCGGCAGUCUAUUUAAAGAGACAGACAGCCCUGAAAUAGAAACGGUACAUUGCUUCAUCACACAGAUACUGUGCAGGUUUGUGCUUAGGACAGUAUUACUUUUGCUUUUAUCAGAUCACAGUAUUUACAGAUGUAUGUUAUUUAUUUUCUGCUGUUUUAAUGUAUCCAAAAAUGAAAGUGUGUUAUUUUGUCAUUUUUUGGUUCUUAAAGUUUACAUUUUAGUAAAUAGUUGAAGAUUUGCACAUUUAGGCAAAAGACACUGUUCAAUAAUUCUUACAUUGAUAGAAAGGAGGAAAUAUUUUUGAUCCUUAAAGGAAAAUGUCUUAAUGGUAAAAGUUGUUGUGUUGAUGGCAGUAUUAUUCCACUUAAAUAACAUCAAAUGUAACUUAUAAAACAGCACUUGUAGAGUAUAAGAAAUAUACACGUUUCCCAUGUUUUAUUUUAGGACUGUUGUGGUGGCCUGAAAGGACCGCAGGAAAUUUGAACAUUGUGGAUUAUAGCAUUUCAUCGAUUCUGAAUUUGAAUUGGCCAGCCAGCCAGCUCUUUCCUAUCUCGAUCCGUUUGUAGUGUACUUAGUUGCAGCCCAUUAUUCUCAGAUAACACUCAUUUCUUGAACUUCUUGAACUGAUUUUCUCAAGCAGAGCUGAUUAUUCUGACCAAUCAGGGAAAUGAACCACCUACAUAUGCUCAGAACAGCAGCCUGUUUCGAUGCUGUCUUAAGAGAAGUGCCUUGUGUAUUCAAUUUUAUAAGAACAAGUUGAUGUAAAUGUUCAUUUACCUCAAAUGUUUACAAAGCUGUUACUAAAUAAACUUUUUGUACCAUAAA